AUUUUAUUCCCAGUGAUGAAUUUUCCAGUAUAUCAGUUGUCUUCAUCUUAUAAGCUAUGGCAGUUUCUUUUUGCAGGGAUAGAAAUGAAUGACGAUGAACUUGCUCAUUUUGUUGAGCAUGUUGAUAAAGACAAUAAUGGAAUUAUAACCUUUGAAGAAUGGAGAGAUUUUCUUCUGCUUUAUCCUCACGAUGCUACUAUAGAAAACAUAUAUCGCUACUUGCAUAGGGUAUAUCUUGUAGAUAUUGGUGAACAGGCCGUGAUUCCCGAAGGCAUCAGCAAGCAUGUUCAUGCAACCAAAUAUCUGAUUGCAGGUGCAGUUGCAGGAGCUGCAUCUCGUACUGCAACUGCACCUCUUGAUCGCCUAAAGGUGGUGUUACAGGUACAAACUGAUCAUGCUGCUAUUAUUCCUGCAGUAAAAAAAAUAUGGAAGGAAGGUGGCUUUUUGGGGUUUUUUCGGGGUAACGGGUUAAAUGUAUUGAAAGUUGCACCUGAAAGUGCUAUCAAGUUUUACACUUAUGAAACACUGAAAACUAUAAUUGGAGAUGCUAAAGGUGAAAAGGAGGGGGAUAUCGGAACUGUGGGGAGACUUGUUGCUGGUGGAUUGGCUGGAGCUGUGGCACAAACUUCUAUUUAUCCAAUGGAUCUUGUGAAAACUCGAUUACAAACUUAUGCUUGUGAAGGAGGAAAUGUGCCCAGUCUGAGGAAAUUAUCUAAAGAUAUUUGGGUUCAGGAGGGACCUCGAGCAUUUUACAGAGGGUUGGUGCCAUCUCUUCUUGGAAUGAUUCCUUAUGCAGGCAUUGACCUAGCUGCCUAUGAGACCUUGAAAGAUAUGUCCAAGAAAUAUAUUCUUCACGACAGUGAACCUGGUCCUCUUGUGCAACUUGGCUGUGGAACAAUUUCGGGAGGACUUGGGGCAACUUGUGUUUACCCUCUGCAGGUGAUACGAACGAGAAUGCAAGCUCAGCGCAUGAAUACAGAUGCUGCUUACCAGGGAAUGUCGGAUGUAUUCUAUAGAACAUUUCAGCGUGAAGGUUUAAGGGGAUUCUAUAAAGGACUAUUCCCAAAUCUUCUUAAAAUAGAAGAAAAAUACAAUGAAUAUCAAAAUUUUAGAGAAGAAAUCACAGGGAAAACAGGCCAUUUGACCAAGAAACAUUGA